GUAGUUGCUUGCUGCGAAGGGGAGAGCCGGGUGCCAGGACUCCGCCUGUCGCUGCCUAACUAGCUCCCCCUCUAUCCAGCCCACUGAGGUCGGGUUGUGUUUAACGGCCGGUGGGAGGAGGAGCCUGGAAAUGAGGCCUCCUUCCUUCCCAAAACAGGGGACGGCUGGGCUCGACGCGGGACUUCAGCCGCCCCCAUGAACCAGGAGCAACCGCGUUGCCACUUGCGGGAGACGAGGUCGCCACGGGGCUUGCAGCCCGAGAGUUUAGACAGUGAGAACAGCCAGAGAAACAGUGAUAGGCCCAGCUAUUUGGAGCCAUGGAUUGUGAAUCUUCUGCUGGAAGACAAGGAGUCUGAAGCCAGAGAAGAUGGACAACUUGGACAUGUCCUGAAAGUUUUGAACCAAGCAAGAGCUCUACAUCAUGACGAGCAAUGCCCAGCAGCUGUUCUGUGCAUUGGAGAUGGGCGUCACUAUAUUCGAGUGGUUGUUACAGCCAAAGCUGCUCAGAUGACCACAAGCUCUCUACCACAAUCUGGAUUUUCCAGUAUCAUUGGCCAAUUCAUCGUCCUACAGAACUAUAGGGUGUGUUUUAAAGAGGCAACUAAAGCGGAGGAUUGUGAAUUCUACCUCACGCUUGACUGUUUCCAUGUGAUGCCCAUGAAGAGACAGGAAACGAGGCAGCGGGACUGCAACCAGGAACCAUCGGUGCUGCAGAAGGUAAAGGCACUAUGGCAGAAAAGUUUUGCCCUGCAGCCCUGGCCCAGUACAGAACCAUCAUCUGUUUCUGAAAUACUGAGAGAGAUAAAGCAAGAUCAGCUCAGCACUUUGAAACAAAAUGUAGAGGAUUGCCUCAGCUUAUUGGACCCUAGCAAGCUGUUGGAUUCUGAGCAACUGGCAGUAUAUCCAGAUACCAAAUGGCAGGUGGAAUGCAAGCAAGAUAAGGUGCACAAGGACAUCUUCACAGUCCCAGCUAAGCUCCUGGUGAUCAGUGCAGAAAAUGAGGCAGCACUUGCCAAAGCCUACACCCCAAAGAUUUCUCCUGCUGUUCCAGAUACUGGUGAAAGCCCUCAAGAUGAUGAUCUCAGUACUGUUUCCUUUUUCAGUGCGGAAUCUGAAAGUCUGGAUGGCUCCUUAGAAAAUCCUUGGGAUAUAUUUCCAGGAAUGACUUUGACUUCUUCUAGUGACACGUCUAGCACGCUGCCUGGCCUUCCCCUCACACAGCAGGUGCUCUUGGCUAGUACUGCUGAGGAAGAAGAGGCUCCAAGCUCCAGCAAUUGCACCCCAGAUUUCCUGGCGCCUUGUGCUCAUACAUCCCACUGCACUUCUGAGCAGGUUGAGACAGUAGAGACAAUGUCCCAAACACGGCUUCUUUCUCACAGCAAUGCAUCUUUCAAGGAAUCUGCCAAUGAGGAAUCUAGACCUGUUGAACUGAACACUGCACACCAUGCCAGCAAAGCUCCAGAUACGGAUGAGAGCGUUCCCUGUGGUCAGCCAUGGAAGAAUUCACAUUCCCACGCUACUAUGUGCCUUCCCCCCACUGGGAGUGAGUUCUUCCUUGAGCCCUUGUCUGAAAAUAUGGAGAAAGAUCAUCUCACCCAUUUGCAGAGGGAUAAGGUGGCGAUGAGAAGAGCUGGGGAGAAAUCCCUGGAUAGAGGAAGAAAAUGUGUGGCAGCUAAAAGGAAACAGAUGGUGCCAGAUGAAGAGGAACCUACUGAUAUUUUCUCCACUUUGGAAGCUCUAGGGCAGCCUUCUGCCAGGGCUUCUCCAAAAUCCAGUAAGCUAAACAGCAAGCUGUUGACUUGGAAACCUCCCUUGAAAUUUGUGAGCACACCCAAGAAGAGCCGCAUCGAGGAGGCACAACAACAUCGCUUAUCUGCCCAGUUCAGAUGUACGGAGAGACUCCUUGAAAAGGGGAGGGAGCAGGGAGCAGCAGACAUCGCCACUAGGACACCAGAACAACAUGGAGUUCAACAGCGGGAGUGUGUGAGAGGAGCCCCCUUUUAUAUUAUGUACAAGCCACCAACACCUGAACUUUGCUCCCAAGUGCGCUCUACAAGGAUCUCAAGAGCAUUGCUGGGAUGGGCACGUUGGGUUUUCAGCAAUACGCAGAAGGAAUAGUGUUUACUGAUAUUACUUGUCCAUCUCAAGUAGGAAUGAAAAGAAAGAUACUACUCCGGGAACCACUCUUCCUGUGUGGAUUGAACAGUGGUAUGUUUGAGCACUUAACUCCAUUCAUAUUGGGGAGUUAAUUGAUGCAGAAAUCUAUAAACUAUAGAGUUGUAGCCAGGCUUGGUCAUACCUAAGUUUUGAAUAAACUAAUAAGUCUAGUCUGUCCAUUGAUUUCAGUGGGGCUACUCUAAUUAAGUCUGGAUGCUACCCAUAGUCUGUAGAUAAACCUUUGUAACAGUGUUUAAUGCAAUGAAGAAUAUAAAAAGAGCCUGGAACAAGCUAUAUCAUCCAGUAUCUUAUUUCUCACAACGGCCAACUACAUGCCUCUGGAAAGGCCAUAAGCAGAGCAUCAAGGCAAAUGGCCUUUCACUGAUGUUACUCCCCAGUAAUGGGUAUUCAGUGGUAUCCUGACUCUGAACAGGAAGGCCUAAUAGCCAUUACUCAUACCUAUUCUCCUCCAUGAAUUUAUCUAAUCCCCUUUAAAGCCAUAUAAACUAGUGGUCAUAACCAUGUCUUGGGGCUUUGGAUGCCACAAUUUAAAUGUGUUAUGUGAAGAAGUAUUUUCUCUUUCUGUCAGCAAUCUACUGCCAAUUAAUUACAUUGGAUGAUCGUCUUCUUUAGUAAAAUGGUAGUAGCGAACUUUUCCACACCAUGCUCAGUUACUUUAAGUAGGAAAUACGUUUGUAAACCAUUCCACAUCCUAAAAAGUGUUAUACAAAUGUAGUCAUUCUUCUCUGGCUUUAAGUGGUGGUUGAACAGUAUCUAACGAACAUCUGUAAGUGUUUCAGAAUAUCAAGGAAAUCAAGAAUACCUUCUUGUGCCAGUAUCAGUUCUGAGCUAGACAGCUUCAGUCUUUAAUUGUUUUGAUUAUUUCCCUGUUCCAUUUAAUUACAAAAUAUUUCAUAUAGCUUACAUGCUUGAUAAAAUGUUUUGGAGAUUAAAAACAAAUUAGAAAAAACAACACAA